AAUGUAAAUUCAAGUUAUUCUAGAUUCAUGGCUUCCGCGAAGGAUGUGAUACGGUUGAAUAUGUGGGACUGAUUGUGAAUAAACCCUGUGUAUCAUUGACUAUUUUGGGUUAGAAUGACGAUAGACGACACUCUGCGGCGAGACCUUUUCAAGUCUAAGGCCAAGUCGGGUGAUCGAGAAAGGAGUGGGACAAAGGCUUAUGACAUUGAUUUGGACAAACACCUGGUGUCCUCUUCAAAACAGGUACUCUUGAAGAAUGUAGAUUUCCAGCCAGCACAGAAAGACAUUUCAUUUCGUCUCCAGAAUCUACGGGGGAAAUAUGUCCCAUUGAAUCCAGCAAAGUCUAACUCACAGAGUGAAGGCUCUAAGAAGUCUCAAGGAUAUUCACACAAAGGCAAGAUGAGCCUUCAGGAAGAGAGCCCCAACAGGUCUGAUGGCAUACCGCCUCCGAAACAGGUGCUUUGCCGUCCGGAUCGGGUGCGAUUGGACUGGCAGAAGUGCUACCGGGUCGGCAGUGGGCUCAUUAACAUGGGCAAUACUUGCUUUCUCAACUCUACUCUGCAGUGUCUAACCUAUACAGCACCUCUAGCCAACUACCUGCUUAGCCAUCAACACAAGCAGGAGUGUCGAGCAUAUGGCUUCUGCAUCUUAUGUGAUCUGUACACCCAUAUCCAACGUGCCUUUCAGCAUCCAAACCAAGCUAUUAGACCAAUGAACAUGAUCCAUAAGCUCAAAAGUAUAGCCAAGCACAUGCAUAUAGGAAGGCAAGAAGAUGCACACGAGUUCUUACGUUAUGUUAUAGAAGCCAUGCAGAAGUCCUGUCUGAGUGGUUAUGAUAAGUUGGAUAGGUAUAGUAAAGAAACCAGUCCAGUUCAUCAGAUAUUCGGAGGCUACUACCGAAGCAGAGUGACGUGUGCAGCGUGUCAGUGUAAAUCAGACACCUUUGAUCCCUUCUUAGACAUUAGUCUGGAUAUCAAGCAUGCUCCAUCUGUUCCCAAAGCCUUGAUGAGACUCAUACAACCUGAAAUCCUAGAUGGUGACAAUGCCUAUCAAUGCAAAAGGUGUAACAGGAAAGUACCAGCACAGAAGAGGUUCACGAUACAUCGAUGCCCCAAUAUACUCACGCUUUGCCUCAAGAGGUUUGAAUUCAACCGUUUCAGCAUGGGUAAGAUCAACAAGGAAGUCAGCUUCUCAGAAUACCUCAACCUGCGUCCAUACAUGAGCGAAAAUAAAGGUCCUACUGUUGGGUUUCAGCUCUAUGCUGUCCUCAAGCACGAAGGUGGCUCCUGUAACUCUGGUCAUUACUACUGCUACGUACGCGCCCCCAACCAGUCAUGGUACUGUAUGAACGACUCCUAUGUCAGUCAGUGCAGUCUGAACAGGGUUCUCAACCAGAAUGCCUAUGUUCUCUUCUACAUCAAGAAACCAUCCAAACCCAGUGUCAAUGGGAACAACCAGGUGCAGUCACAGCAGACCAACAAACAAAUGCCAAAGACAGCCACCUCUCCGAGUAUCAUCCAAAAGGCUUCAAACCCCCAUCAAGGCUCCAUUGGCACACCCAUCGCCAGGCCCAAGCCUACUCCUCCCAGGCCGACUACGCCAACGACGCACGCACCACUCACACCGAAGCCAAAGAUCAUCAGGGAACCAGAGAAGAAGCCGCAGACGUUCACCCCUACAGCCAAGCACAACUUGCCUCAGACAAUCGCUCCACCUGGAAAGAGAGACAAGUUAUCCUUUGUGAUCAAAAGCAAAGGUGUCGCAAGUACUCUUCAGAGUUUGAAGCAUGGACAGGGUAGCGUUGGUGGGGAGAUAAAAAGCAACGUUCCUCAGGACAAAGGUGUUGUUUCAGGUGUUCAUCGGAGUGAUUCAUCAAGUGUGUCUGGGAAAUCACCAUUGAGGGUGAAGAAUAAUGGAGAUGCCCAAACAAAGAAACUAAAACCUCCUGGAACAAUGAAGAAAAAAGAAGAAGAGAAAUCGUCAGAGUCAACGAAGAAGGUAGUGACUGUGCCAAAGGUCAACAAACACUCAUCUCUAGUGCCAUAUGACAAUGACGAUGACUCCAGUUCAUCCAGUGACUCUGAUACAAACUAUGAUGCUGUUGUAGAGCGUCUGAGCAAGGGAACAGUAAAGGAUAUUGGUGCCUCAUCUAGUAACAGUAGUAAAGACAUCAAAGGGGAUUCAGAGAUGAAACCCCCUGAUGCAGCUGCAUUAGAAAGAGAUAAGAGGUCUGCUCUUGCAAACAGUACAAACUUGACUGCCAUUCGUAAGACAGACUCGCCCCUCAAAUUGACUAUCACCACCAAUGGUAAUGCACAGCGGAUCAUGAGCACAACACCAUGGAGGGUGACAGAUGGUGAUCAACAGGUGUCACCAUCGGUCACAUCGGAUAGCAGCAAUCAUAGCAAUCAAUCCUCAAAUUCAACCAGUGAGUGGGCGGUCAAUGAUAAAAAGGAUAAGCCAAAAGUUGAAGAAACAAUUAAGAAAGAGGCCUCUCAUGUUGGCUGGAGUGUGAAGCCUUCCCCCUCUCGCAAUGGUUUGAGUAAAGUCAGACCCGACAAUGGGGAAGACAGAAGGACAAGCUCACCCACAAAGACACCAUGCAAGAUAAAGAAAGAAGUGACUUUAGGGAAUGGUACAAAAAAUAGGACUCCAUUUUCCCCCAAGGAGGAAAAAUCAUUUGUGAGCAAGAGAGAAAAACUAGGCAUUGUUACUAAGCAGAUGAAUGGCAAACAUGCGAACCAAGAUAGGACUAAGCCGAUCGUGUCUGAAAAUGGGACAGACGUGCAAGUUGGUUCUGAUAUUACGAAGGAGAGGGAAAAACCAAAUGGGAAAUCAUUUGUCCAUCAGGAGCCUAGUAGCACAAAACAUGGGGUGGAUGCACAAAACACUAAUGAUAAAAAGAACGGCACACAUAUCAAGAAGAACAAUACUAGCUCAAGUGAUGAUAGUGAAAGUGAGCAGGAGAUCACAAAAAACAAAUCAGAGUCAGAGGUCAUGCCUAAAAAGAAAAAGAAAAAGAAGAAGAAGAAGUUUGCUAGUGAUGCAGAUCAACCAGCAACCAGUGAAUCGAAUGGAAAGAAUGAGAGCAAGGAUGCCAAUGAGAAAGGAGUCGAUGUCGGAAAGAGCGAGAAGUUACCGGAGAGUGAUGCAUUCCGGAAGUACCGUGGGGCGGGGAAGAGCGGGGAGUAUCGCAGCGAUUCGGACAGCGAUCACAGCAGCCAUGCCACUUUCAAGAGGAAGAACGGACAGCAGACCCCUGUGGGUCAGCCGCAUCAGCGCUUCCGACCCCCUCCGCAACACUUUCAAGAGAGAUUCUGCUCACCUCCGGAUAGCGAUUACGAUGAAGAUUCCCCUGUUGGACCUCACAACCAUAUACCAUGGAGGAAACGGUCGUAUCCUAGUGACCAGGGGUAUUAUGAGGACAGGCCACACCCUCCGCAGCAUGGGCAUGACCCCAGGAAUCACUGGUAUGGAGCACCUCUUGGAAACAAGAGGAAGAAGAUGAUGAAUGGCUAUGAUGAUGGAUAUGGGAAGCAGGACCAAAGGAGAUUCAGACAAGAAGGCCACUACCAAAACUGGGAUCAUCACAUCCAAGAUGGGUUUCCACGGCGACCGGGUGGAGACGGUCCUCACAAGAUGAGCCAUUCUUGGGAUGGAACAAGGAGACACCAACAAGGAGACGUGAUGGACUUCCUCAACAAGUCCUCUCAUAAAGGAUAUGGUCCAUCAGUACCAAACUGGGACGGUGGACGGAGUGCUAUCGACGAGGAGGUUGCAAGGGACCAUGCCAACAUGAAACGGAGAAAUACAUGGAAUGAAGACUAUGAUAGAGGGAAGGUGAAGAAGAUGAGAAAACCUUUUCAUCCACAAGAUCAGUUCUCUGGACAUCACAAUGCCUUUCAGCACGUACAGAAUCAUCGUAAUAAAGGCAACUUUCAUGGGCACCGCGGAGGAUUCAACCAGUUUCAUCAUAUGAAAAAAUCACAAAGCUGGCAUGCUGGCAACCGAAGAAUGAGGUGAUGACCUCAUCGUGAUCGUCCUCAGCCAUUUCUUACCUUUUGAUAUUCACCGAGCGCAUUAUCUUGUAAGUGAUGAAAUCAGCACUAAACUUUUACAUCCAGGGAAGUGAAACUCACAUGGACUGUGUGUAUGGUAAACCCGCUUCAUGCUCUGUGGAUCAUUCACUUCUCGAUGUUGCAGUCGAUGUGAACAGGAUGCAAGGUCUUCGCAUUCUGACGAGAUGGAACUACUGACAGUGCCGUUCACAUCGGGACAACAACCGCAAUUUUAAGAAAAUGUGUUGGAUGCCUACAGAGGAAGCCCAUUGACCAUGUUGUUACAGUUUCAUGUUUCUCAUAUCUCUGGAGAGAUGGAAAUUAUAACAUGAGAGUAACUGAAGUAUAUUAAAACAAUCCUCCAAAUUUAGCUGACUUUGCAGUCAUCUUUUCGUGAGAUUCUCGUUGGAGGCAUUUUUGGGACUCUGUAUCUGUCAUGAGAUUUGUUCCCAUGUGGUUGGAGGAUGGACAAAAAGCUAUGUAUAUCAAUCUGAAUGCAGAUUGAUGUAUAUGGCCUUCAACUGACACCCACUACCAGUAUUUCCCCUGAUGUCGUAAAGCCAUAGGACAUAGAAAGAUGAUGAUAAUCCACAUACCGUGGUAUAUCAUAUUGCGCCAUAUAUCUGUUACAAACAUUCAUAGGCGCAGGCUCAUCCAAUAUUGUGAAUCACUACACAUCUGCCGAAAUAAGUGAGUUUUGAGAGACGGUUUAAAGGGUUCUAUCACAUCUGACUGGAAAUAUGGUAAUUUGUACGUCGGCCUUGGUCAUGCAAGAAUUCUGCAGUAGUUCACAAUCAAAUGUCAUACACAUGGAUUGACUGUAGAGUCUGUUUUUUACCUGAACUUUGCAAAUCCCCUAAUGUAAAGCUGUAGUCUUUGGAAAAUUUGUCAUUUUUGUACACUUGUUGUAGAAGUUCUCAUCUAUUUUGUAAAGUUUUCACUUGAUUUCCUGUGAUCCUCGCGAUAGAUGACUCUGU